AAAAAAAAAAAAAAAAAAAAAAAGAGGAACCUAUUAAAAUAUUCUAAGAAAUAAGAAUAGGUUUAUAUAUUCAGCUUAAUAUUUUGCAAAGUCCGAUCUAUUAUAUCUAUCCAUCCCGAUUAUUUCCCCGAAGCAGAUUACCAACGAUCCUCGCUCGAUUCCACUGCACAUCCCGGACCCUGGUUCGGGUCCGGAUCAUGGCUAAGACUGUCUGUAUCGUUGGCGCUGGCCCUUCUGGUCUCGUAGCAGCGAAGACCUUACUACACGAUACGCCGGAAUGUUCAUUUAAGGUUACUAUCUUCGAAACCCAGUCCCGAAUCGGUGGACUGUGGCCCACAAGAAAGGAUGAUGCUGGCGGUCUUGUACAUCCGCUUAUGGUAACCAACCAAAGCAAACAUACCGUUCAAUUUAGCGACUUCGCAUGGCAGGACUCUGAUCCACAAUUCCCCAGGGCAUGGCAAGUUGGCCAAUAUCUAGAACGAUAUAUCAAUGAGUACAGCGGUGCUGAUAUACGGCUCGGGCAUAAAGUUGUAAAAGCCGACUUACAAGAUGAUGGCUCGUGGAAUGUACAGACAGAGUCAAGUGAAGGAUCAGAGACAGCUACAUUCGACUACUUGCUCGUCACUACAGGAUUCUUUGGGAAGCCGAUAUGGCCGGAUCAUGUGCCGAAAGAGGCGGACGUACCCAUUAUUCAUAGCAGCGAGUACCGAGAUCUUAAGAGCCUCUUAGCAAAGUCAACUCAUCAUGGCGGUAAGAUACUUGUCGUUGGUGGACAGAUGUCUGGAAUUGAGACCGCCGCGACUAUCGCGACACAUCUCUCAUCUGCUAUCUACUCACCCGGAAAGAAGAUCAUCCAAGAACCUGAGAGCUACUCCAUACAUCACAUCACGAACCGACCCUCAUGGGUCUUCCCGUUAUUCACAUCUCCAAAGCCGGCCGCGUCGGCACCGCCGUUUCUCCCAUGCGACUUACCCUCAUAUAAUCUAGCCAACCGGUCACACCCCCUAACAAAUAGCCAAGGGCAUAUAAGCGCCGAAGCGGCACAGGCCUCGAACUUGAUUUACCAAUCUGUCUUAGGCACCAAUCAGUCUGAAUUCUCGCUGAAGACUAAGAUCGACGGCGAUUUGCUUGAUGAUCAACCAUUCGUGGCUAUGAGCUCGUACUAUAUGAACUUCGUACAAUCCGAAGUCAUAAAAGUCCGCAAAGGAAAACUGGCAUCUAUAAACGGGAAUGUUGCUAUCAUCUCUCCAACAAACGAGCAAAUCUCCGACAUUGCCGCCGUGGUUCUAGCGACGGGUUUCGACCCCUCUCCAUCGCUCUCCUUUCUCCCAUUAUCUGUCCUUGAGACCAUUUCACACUCCCCUGAGCAUCCUGACCUACCCGUCGCGCUCGCUUUCCACGGGACGCAUCACCCAUCGCUGCCCACUCUAGGCUUCGUAGGUCUGUACCGUUCGCCUUACUGGGGCGUUAUGGAGAUGCAGGCUCGAUUUGUCGCACGGUUAUGGGCAUCAAAUGACCCGCAAUCCCAAACCUUAGCCCUUCGCCAGGCUCUCGUGGACGACGACACUAUCGCGCGGACACUGGCCUUACGCACCGACCCGCGUGCUUCGCAGUUCCCGAUGGGCGAUUACUCCUUCCUGAUGCAAGAAUUCUCACGCGCUCUCGACAUCCCUAUUACCCCUCCUGUAGGUGAUACGCCACCCCUUGCCACGGGAAAGCCCAUGGAUAUCUUGACGCCGGCACGAUACCCCUCUGUUUCUGCAGUCUCCGCUCAGAACCCCCGGGCUGCUGAGCAAACGAAAGCAAAUCUACUAGCGACGCACGAGACAGCGUUGGCCGGGCUUUCACGCGGCCGAUUCGUCGCCGGCGCUAUAUUCCGCUCGCUGCUCGGCGAGUGGCGGCUCGAGCGGACGCUUUCUUCACGGCUACCGUCGCAUCCAAGCGGGCGGUUUUCCGGCACAGCGCGUUUCCUACUACGAGAUGGAACCGAGGAUGGGCUAUCCCCGUCUCUCGUAUCCAAGGCAAAUUCGGUUUCGGGCACGGGUCUCGGACUCGAGUAUCUGUACAUCGAGGAUGGCACGUUCACGGCGCGGGAUAACCCGCAGAUAUCGUUCCGCGCGACGAGACGGUACAUAUGGCGAUAUGAUGAGGCGCGUGAUGUGUUGAGCGUGUGGUUUGCGCGGACUGAUGACCAAGAUCGCGCGGAUUACUUGUUUCAUGAGGUGGAGUUCCUGCUUCCGGUUGAUGAGGCGGAGAUGAAAGUCCAGGGCGAGACAACGCCUAUGACUACGGGUGCCGCGGCGGAAGAGAAGGAGAAGAAGGUGAAAAGGGGCUGGCUGGCGAAGGCAAGUCAUCUGUGCAUCGAUGAUUUGUACGACGUGCACUACGAAUUCAACUUCAAAGCCGUGAACUUGAAGGAGUGGAAGCUGGGGUACACGGUCAAAGGCCCCAAAAAGGAUUAUACGAUCAAUGGGGUUUACAGGAGAUAGGAUGCCGGCCCUAGAUACAUAUAGUAUAAGUAUAUGGAUCGGAUCCUAGCAAGGGAGUUCGGUAUCAUGAUUGACCAAAGCAGUUGGAGUAUAGGAUAGGUAGCAUCGAGUCUAAGGCCUCUUAUACCGAUGGCUCAUGGUAGCGUCUAUUAUAGAUACAUUCAUAGCGAUUUAUCUAAUACUAUCAGCGGUUCAGAUACGAU